CCGGACAUGUCUUCAUAUAACUGUACCGUAACUGUACCAAUAUAUUUAUGUGCAAUUGCCACUUAUAUCAAUUUCAAGAAAGUUAAACUUGAAAUAAAUGUCUGGUAGCCAGUUAGCUAGCAUUGAUGCGGAUCUGGAGGAUCACGAUCAGUUAGCUAACGUAGCCGUUUGACACAUCAGUUUGUAUUCGAAUUUCUUCUCAGACAACCCGUGAAAUCAAGCUGAAAUUACAGCAGUACUACUAGCUACACAGAAGCUGGAAGAAGACAUGGCGCGUCUGGUUGCCGUUUGCAGGGACGGGGAAGAGGACUUCCCUUUCCUCGCAAGACAGAUCCCCCUGUACAUCGAUGACACGCUCACGAUGGUGAUGGAAUUUUCUGACAAUGUCCUGCACCUUGAAAGUCAUCAGAUUAAUAGUUCGCAGAUGAAAGAGUUCAUACAGAAUCACGGCAUGCUGAAGCAGCAGGACCUGAACAUCGCCACCAUGGUGACGUCGCGGGAGGUGUUCAGCGCGCUCUCCCAGCUGGUGCCCUGCGUGGGCUGCCGGCGCAGCGUGGAGCGGCUCUUCUCCCAGCUGGUGGAGUCGGGGAACCCGGCCCUGGAGCCCCUCACCGUGGGGUCCACGGGGGUGCUGUCCGUCACCCGGGCCUGCAUGGCCGACGCCAAAAAACUCUACAUGCUCUUCUACGUGCACGGGUCAAAGUUGAAUGACAUGAUCGACGCCAUUCCAAAAAGCAAAAAGAACAAGCGUUGCCAGUUGCACUCAUUAGAUACGCACAAACCCAAGCCUUUGGGCAGCUGUUGGAUGGACGUGUGGGAGCUCAUGUCUCAGGAGUGCAGGGACGAGGUCGUUUUGAUCGACAGUGCCUGUCUUUUAGAAACCCUUGAAACGUACUUGCGCAAGCAUCGAUUUUGCACCGACUGCAAGAACAAGGUCCUGCGGGCGUACAACAUCCUGGUGGGCGAGCUGGACUGCAGCAAGGAGAAGGGCUACUGCGCGGCUCUGUACGAGGGCCUGCGCUGCUGCCCCCAGGAGCGCCACAUCCACGUGUGCUGCGAGACCGACUUCAUCGCCCACCUGCUGGGCCGCGCCGAGCCCGAGUUCGCCGGAGGGUAUGAACGUAGGGAACGGCACGCCAAGACCAUCGACAUCGCCCAAGAGGAGGUUCUGACCUGCCUGGGGAUCCACUUGUACGAGCGCCUGCACAGAAUAUGGCAGAAGCUGAGAGCCGAGGAGCAGACCUGGCAGAUGCUCUUCUACCUGGGUGUCGACGCGCUACGCAAAAGCUUUGAGAUGGCCAUAGAGAAGGUGCAGGGGAUCAGCCGGCUGGAGCAGCUGUGCGAGGAGCUGUCGGAGGAGGAGCGCGUCCGCGAGCUCAAGCAGGAGAAGAAGCGGCUGAAGCGCAAGAACCGGCGCAAGAACAAGUGCGGCUUCGACGCGCCCGGGCAGGAGGGCGACGACAAGGAGAAGAGCCUGGACGAGGGUUCUUUGGAGUCUGUGGAGGACGGGUGCAAAGCCUGCGGGAGCCCGGAGGAGCUGAACGGCUGCGUGGAGGUCAUCGUCACCAACGAGGCCACCACCUGCAGCUGCCCCGACCGCGCGAUACCCGGCUCGCCCAACGCCAAGAAAGGCCUGUCACCCCACAGCAAUGGCAGCGACUGUGGCUACUCCUCCAGCAUGGAGGGCAGUGAGACGGGCUCCCGGGAGGGCUCCGAAGUGGCCUGCACCGAAGGCAUCUGCAACCACGACGAAACCGGGGACGACGCCUGCAGCCACCGCUGCGUCGGGGACAAGGAGGAGGAGGAGGAGGAGGACGGGAUCGACAGCUGCGUGGAGUGCUGGGCCAUCGCCGAGGAGAACGCCAAGGGCAAGAACAAGAAGAAGAAGAAGAAGAACAAGGUUCUGGGGUGCGGCGAGGACCAGGGCCAGAAGGCCGACGGCUGCGUGGCGGACGGGAGCCGGCGGGGGAGCGCGGGGAAGGCGCACGGCUCGGCGCACGCCUGCAGGGCCAAAGAGACGUGUGCGAAGCUGUCCUGCCAGACCCUCGCCAGCGUCGCGCUGCAGCUGCCCUGGGCCGAGCACCGGAAGCUGAUGCACUGUUCCGCCGGGCCGCCAGACCCAAGCCCCUGCACGCGCUGGGACUGUAGCACAAAAAGCCUGAUGGAGCUCCUCGAUGAAUCUGAAGUCACCUCAGACGAGGAGAACUGUCUGACGCAAGACGAGAUCCAGUCCUUUGUGGAAAACAACAAGUCUUUCUACAACAACCGGGAUCGGUACCGACAGCACCUGAAAGAUAGAUUUACCAAGUACUGCCGUUCCAAUGAGCAGAAGAAGCCAGUUUGCAGCGGGGACUGGCUGCCCACAGCCGGGGUGAAGUAAUGGUCUCUACACAAAACAGUCCCACCCAACCCUCCCUCCGUCCCCCCCCCCUUGUCUUUUUAGGGAAACGCUCUAAAUGACCACUGCGCCGCCUUUCAAAUUUCUGUACUUUUGGUGUCUUGUUCAAUGAAUUUUUUUUGUCAGAAAGUGAAUGUGAUUUUUCUUUUGUACUCUCCCCCACCCACCCCCCAGCCCCCCCUCGUCCUCCAACCCCCCGCUCUUUCUUUCUGGCAUCACUCUUUUAGGGCUGCCGAUGGAGACCGCAGCUCGUUCGAUUGCUCAAGCUUCGCAGGCUGUGACAUUAGAGUAGAUGUGGUAGUCUCUCUUAUGUUUCUCUUCCGUUCUGCAUUUAUUGUUUCUCUGACUUCAUUUUAGUGGCAAAUGUUGUACCAAUAAAUGUGUACAGAAAUGAAAUUAUCUGAAUAUAAAGAUUUUACAGAAGACAUCCAUUUAUAAAGAGGUUUGGGUGUUAAUGUUGAGUGCAAUGUGCAAAAUUUACUAAAUAAAGAAUAUUUAUUAAUAUG